AUGGAGACGCUUUGGGGCGAUCCCCAGUCAACAAUGGCAUCAUAUAUUGAUCCUCAAAUCGGCUGCGCGCCGUCUCGGUCCGGCACCGGCGUGAAGAGGGGACCUCCAUCCACCACCAAGAAUCCCCAUAUUUUUCUUGAUAUCAUCCGAUGGUCCUCCAUGUCGGCGAGCGAUAGUAAGCAAGCGAGAUGGGAUGCUGGGCGCGCCGCGUACCAGUCUACCAGAUCACAGAUGCCAUUCUCUCACACCUCCCCGUCCGAAGUACACGUGGACGAUAGAUUGCUUCCGCCGGUGGCCUGGAAAUCCAGCCCCACGAUCCGUGAGUUCCACGGCUGGGAACCGGGGGAGCCCACCGAGUGUUCGAGUCUCCGCCGGGCCCUUGCAAAAGAAGCCCCCGGCUCAUAG